AUGCUUCCAAGAGAAGCAGCGCGAAGUUCGUGCUUCCAAGAGAAACAGAGCGAAGCUCGGUGCUUCCAAGAGAAGCAGAGCAAAGCUCGUGCUUCCAAGAGAAGCAGAGCGAAGCUCGAUGCUUCCAAGAGAAGCAGCUCGAAGUUCGAUGCUUCCAAGAGAAGCAGCGCGGAGUUCAUGCUUCCAAGAGAAACAGAGCGAAGCUCGGUGCUUCCAAGAAAAGUAGAGCAAAGCUCGUGCUUCCAAGAGAAGCAGAGCAAAGCUCGGUGCUUCCAAGAGAAGCAGCUCGAAGUUCGAUGCUUCCAAGAGAAGCAGCGCGGAGUUCAUGCUUCCAAGAGAAACAGAGCGAAGCUCGGUGCUUCCAAGAAAAGUAGAGCAAAGCUCAGAAGCAGCUCGAAGUUCGAUGCUUCCAAGAGAAGCAGCGCGGAGUUCAUGCUUCCAAGAGAAACAGAGCGAAGCUCGGUGCUUCCAAGAAAAGUAGAGCAAAGCUCGUGCUUCCAAGAGAAGCAGAGCAAAGCUCGGUGCUUUCAAGAGAAGCAGCGCGAAGCUCGGUGCUUUCAAGAGAAGCAGAGCGAAGCACGUGCUUCCAAGAGAAGCAGUUCGAAGCUCGGUGCUUCCAAGAGGAGCAACUCGAAGUUCGGUGCUUCCAAGAGAAGCAGCGCGAUGCUCGUGCUUCCAAGAGAAGCAGCUCGAAGCUCGGUGCUUCCAAGAAAAGUAGCGCGAAGCUCGGUACUUUCAGGAGAAGAAAAACGAAGCUCGGUGCUUCCAAGAGAAGCAGAGCGAAGCUCGCACUUCCAAGAGAAGCAGCGCGAAGCUCGGUGCUUCCAAGAGAAGCAGAGCAAAGCUCGUGCUUCUAAGAGAAGCAAAACGAAGCUCAGUGCUUCCAGGAGAAGCAGAGCGAAGCCUGUUCGAACAACCGAGCACUUCUCAUCCACUUCCGAAGAUUAA